AUGCCUAUGUCGCCGUGGCCUCUGUUUCGACAGCCACUCCACAUGAAACCUAUUAAACUACCAGCGUUGGCUGGAUCGGCAGAAAUCUUCAGACGCGCUACUGGAAACACAUAUGUGGCUGGGCUGUGGAGAGAAACGCUCCUGGUAGACCUAUGCUGGUAUCGCAAAGACUUCAGAUCCGAAAAGAACUCCUCGUCACAAAAUGCUCCAUCAUGGUCGUGGGCUUCCGUUGAUGGCGGCGUUGAAUAUGAUCACGACUUGUAUCGCAAGCCUCCCAAGGUCCUUAAUACGAUUACGAAAUUUGGAACUCUUCUCAACGUUGCCUAUGAAGCUAUAACAGUCGACAAUCUGUCAAGACACACUUGGGUCGUCGAGCUUGAAGCUUCUCUUGUACCUCCCAAUCGAAUCGUCCCCGUAUUCGACAAGUACGAAGACGAAGCAUUAAGUUCAACAUGGGUAAUCGCGAAUUCAGUGCCUGCGUUAUACCAGAUGGACGUGUGGACUUGCAUGGCUCUGAACCCAUAUUCUUCCUUCCUUUGGCAUCUAGAGGCUACUUUGGCCACGGGGUCGUGUUGA